CUCCAAACUGUUGUUUGAGACGCGCGUACUGUGAGUUGCGCGAACGGCGGAGUGCUGUGUUUUAUUUAUGUUUUUGCCGAAAGCCGAACAACACUGCAAAUACAUAUUAAAAAGUAUAUUAGUAAUUAAUUGUUAGUAUCGUGUCAAUUUUAAGUUGUUCCCAAAGUAUUUUGAUCUUUCUAAGUCAAUAAAUUCCCAGGAGUGCUCGGAAUUAUUUAUGUAUUAAAAGUGCGGUUUUGUGAGUGAAACCGGGAGUGUGAAGCCUCUACAGGUUGAUAUGUGAGGGGUUCGCCGUGUUUGCGUUUCUUGUAGAUGAAUACUUAUUUUAUGUGAUGUGCAGUAUUAUUAACUGUGUUUUGUAUCUUUUGUCGUUAAAGGAGUAAAGUGUGCAGUGAGCAGGGGUAGCAAUGUCUGUACAAUCAUAAGGAUGCUGGACGCUAAGAUGCCGACGAUGUCGGCCUUCAUUACAGCCGCCCUAGCCACAUUUGUGGUAGUAGGGUCGGUUGUGGCUGCCGAUCAGCCGAUUUUGCAACCUGGAGUGCCCGGCGAGGAGCUGUCGGGCGGCGUGCAGUGCAGCGCUGAGCAGUUCGCGUGCGCGGACUCGUCGCGCUGCGUGCCCGCCGCCUGGCGCUGCGACAUGCGCCCGCAGUGUCCCGACGCUUCCGACGAGAUCGGCUGCACGUACAACAUGACGUGCGGCGCGGGGCAUUUCCGCUGCGCGCGCAGCGGGCUGUGCAUCGCCGCGAGCUGGCGCUGCGACGGCGACGCGGACUGCGGGCCGCACGACGCUUCCGACGAGGACCCCUACAUGUGUGAGAAAGACUUCAAGUGCUGGGGCAAGUGGGCGCGCUGCGCCACGCCGGAGCACGGCCAGUUCACCUGCGUGCCCGUGUACCACUUCUGCGACGGCGUGCGCCACUGCCUCGACGGCAGCGACGAGUGGGACAUCUGCGAUAACUUCACCGAGUCGUCGUGCGCGUCGCUCGGCUGCAGCACGUGCCGGCCCACGCACGAGGGCGCGGCGUGCUACUGCCAGCCCGGCUACGAGCCGCGCGACGGGCUCUGCGUCGACAGCGACGAGUGCGAGUGGGAGGGCGCCUGCUCGCAGCGCUGCAGCAACCUGCCCGGCUCGUACGCGUGCGCCUGCGCCGACGGCUACGCGCUGCGCGACGACAGGCGCUCCUGCGCCGCCGUCAACGAGCCGGCGGGCGCGCCGCUGUCGCUGGUGGUGGCGACGCAGAGCGGGCUGGAGCGCGUGUGGCCGGAGGGCGCUUCGGCGCAGGCCAACCGCUCGCUCGACGCGCUCGGGGUCAAAGCCCUGGACCUGCACUACUCCAACCGGUCCAUUUGCUACGUCCACCAUAACAUGAGUCGCUCGUCGCUAGUCUGCGUGGACGCGGACAACUUCAACAACCGCACCGUCAUGGCGGCGCCCGACCUGUUCCCCGACCUCAACUCGAUCUCCCACCUGGCCAUCGACUGGAUAUCCAACGCCUGGUACUUCGCGGACGAGGCGCGCGAGGUGGUGUACGCGUGCGACGCCUCGCUGCGCUUCUGCCGCAUCCUGCUGGACUCCGGCCUGAGCAAGCUGCGCGGCCUGGCGCUCGACCCCGCCGCCGGGGCGCUGUUCUGGAGCGCGUGGGGCGCGGCGGCGCCGGGCGUGGCGCGCGCCGAGCUGGGCGGCGGCGGCGCGCGCGUGCUGGCCGCGCUCAAGCUGGUGUACCCGGGCGCGCUGGCCGUGGACCCCGCGGCGCGCCUGCUGUACUGGGCCGACGCCUACCUGGAGAGCGUGGAGCGCUGCGACUACGACGGCGGCCGCCGUCUCACCGUGCGCCGCGGAUACGUCACGCAAAAACUUCAACACAUUUCCGUUCUCGAGAGUACGCUGUAUCUGCCGAUCUGGAGCAACAGCAGCGUGGCGGCCGUGUCGCGCUACAGUCGCGAGCGCCGCAGCAGCUCGAUACCGCUGCGGGCGCGACCGCUCGCCGCGCUCGUCUACCAUCGACAGCGACAGCCUCUCGUGUCGCACCCGUGCGCGACGAACAAAGGCGGCUGCGCGCACGUGUGCGUGACGGCCUACCGCGGGGACGCCCGCACGCCGCACGCGCAGUGUCUCUGCAUGCACGGGUAUCGCCUCGUCGGCCACGGGGACUGCGAGCGCGUGGAGGCGGAGAGCUACCUGGUGGUGUCGCGCGGCUCGCCGGCGCUGGUGGGCGGGCUGGUGCUGGCGGGGCGCGGCGCGGCGCACGACGAGCCCUUCGCGCCCGCCGCGCACGCCGCGCGCCCCACCGUGGCCGACGUGGAUGUGGACGCCGCGCGCCUCUACUACUGCGACGUGCACAGAUACGAGAUCGUCCGCCAAAAACUCGACGGCAGCGAGCGAGAGGUCUUCGUGGGAGACGACGUCGACAACUGCGAGGGACUCGCCAUAGACUGGAUGGGACGCAACGCGUACUGGACGGACGACGCGCUGGGGCAGGUGAGCGUGGCGCGGCUGGACUCGCCGGCGCGGCGCGUGCUGCUGCGAGACCCGCACUUCAACCCGCGCUCCAUCGCGCUCGACCCCGCCAACGGGGUCAUGUACUGGUCGGUGUGGGCGAGCGCGCUGGCCGCUCGCGGACGCAUCGAGACGGCGGCGAUGGACGCGUCCCGGCGCCGCACGCUGCUGGACUCCGACCUUCACUGGCCCAACGGCCUGGUGCUGGACUUGCCGCGCCGAUACCUCUACUGGUGCGACACGUACCUCAAUAAGAUCGAGCGCGUCCGAGUGUCGGCGGCGGGCGAUUUGGCGCCGGGAGCUGCGCGCGAGCUGGUGGCGCAGCAGACGCCCGACUUCCCGCUCUCGAAGCCGUACGGGCUGGCGCUCUACGAAGACAGCGUGCUGUGGAGCGAGCACGGCACGGGGCUGGUGCGGCGCCUGCUGCAGAACGGCUCGGCCGACACGCUGCGCGCCUUCCCGCCGCCGCUCUACGACGUGCGCCUCGUGUCCCGCGCCGCCCGCGCAGGCAAAAAUAUAUGCUCCCACGACAACGGCGGCUGCGCCGAGCUGUGCCUCGCCACGGGCGCGGGGGCGCGGCGCUGCGCGUGCGCGGCGGGCCGCCAGCUCGCGGCCGACGCGCGCGCCUGCGAGGCGGCCCGCGGGCCCGCGCGCGCCGACAGCGCGUGCCCCGACCGACACUUCCACUGCGGCCACGGACGCUGCAUCGACUCGUCGUUCCUCUGCGACGGCGACGCGGACUGCCCCGACGGCGCCGACGAGAACGCGGCCGUCGGCGGGCCCUGCGCCAACGUGACGUGCAACGGGGACGAGUUCCUGCAGUGCGGCACGCGAUGCAUCCCGAAGAGCUGGGUGUGCGACGGACUGAAAGACUGCGCGGACGGCGCGGACGAGGCGGCGGGCGCGUGCGCGCGCGCGGCGUGCGGCGCGGCGCAGUUCGCGUGCGCGCGCUCGCGGCGCUGCCUGCCCGCCGCGUGGCGCUGCGACGGCACGCCCGACUGCGGCCGCCGCGACGACUCCGACGAGGCGGGCUGCGAGAGCGAGACGUGCGGCAGCGGAUCGUUUCGCUGCGCCAACGGGGCGUGCGUGCCGUGGGAGUUCUACUGCGAUGGACACGCCGACUGCGCGGACGCCAGCGACGAGCGCGCGUGCCCCGCCAGCCCCGCGCCGCCCGCGCCCCGCCGCCCCGCGCACGCGCACGGCCGGAACGAAACCGAUAAACUCGGACUCUGCGAGGACCACGAGUUUCAGUGCGACAACAGGGAAUGUAUACGAAAGGAGUUCCGGUGCGAUUCUCGCGUCGACUGUCUCGACGGGUCCGACGAGUGGAAUUGCGAAACCAUUCAGACCACUCCCGCGACCACCACCACCACCACCGUCUCCACCUCCGUCAGUGGCGAGACAGAGUGCGUCGCGCCGGCGAUGCGCUGCGACAAUGGCAGCCGCUGCGUGCCGCUGCAGCAGCUCUGCGACGGCGCCCGAGACUGCGCCGACGGCGCGGACGAGGCUGACCGCUGCGGCGAGCCCAUGUGCGCGGUGACGGCGUGCUCGCACGGCUGCCACGCCACGCCGCGCGGGCCGGCGUGCUCGUGCCCCGCGACGUUGCACCUGCAGCCCGACGGCUUCUCGUGCGCGCCGCAGCACCCGUGCGCCGGCUGGGGCGUGUGCAGCCAGACGUGCCAGCCGCACCGGGAGCGAUACAGGUGCACCUGCUACGCGGGCUACCGGCUGGCCGACGACGGGUUCACGUGCAAGAGCACAGACCCCACGCGGCCGCUGCUGGUGUACAGCAACCGGCACGAGGUGCGCGGGGUGGAGCUGUCGUCGCUGACCUCGCGGGCGCUCGUGUCGUCGCUCAAGAACACCAUCGCGCUGGACUGGUGUCGCACGCAGGCCGGCCUGCAGCUCUACUGGACCGACGUGCUCGACGACAACAUCUACCGCGGCACGCUCUCGGGCGACGCCGUGACCGGUAUAGAAGUGGUAGUCCAGCAGGGCCUCUCCACGGCGGAGGGACUGGCGGUCGACUGGGUCGCCGGCAACCUCUACUGGGUGGAGAGCAGCCUGCAUCAGAUCGAGGUGGCGCGCCUCGACGGGAAGUAUCGGCGGACCCUCAUCGCCGGCGACAUGGACAGCCCGCGCGCCAUCGCCGUGGACCCCGCAGUCGGCUACCUGUUCUGGAGCGACUGGGAGGCGUCGGCGCCGCGCAUCGAGCGCGCGUCGCUGGCGGGGCGGCGGCGGCGCGAGCUGCUGCGCGUGGGCGCGUGGCCCAACGGGCUGGCGCUGGACCUGCCGGCGCGCCGCGUGUACUGGGUGGACGCGCGCGCCGACUCCGUGCACACGGCGGACUACGAGGGCCGCGACCGCCGCGACGUGCUGCGCGGCCACCCCGCGCUGUCGCACCCCUUCGCCGUCACCGUGUUCGAGUCGCACGUCUACUGGACCGACUGGCGCACCAACAGCGUCGUGCGCGCCAACAAGUGGAACGGCACCGGCGUGGCCGUCGUGCAGCGGACGCUCACGCAGCCCUUCGACGUCAAGGUCGUCCACCCGAGCCGGCAGCCGCCGAGCGCCACCAACCCGUGCGUGGACAACGGCAACUGCUCGCACCUCUGCCUCAUCGACGGGCCCGCGGAGCGCGUGUGCGCGUGUCCGCACCUCAUGCGCCUCGCACGAGACGAGCUCACUUGCGAAGUGCACGAGCGCGCGAUAGUGGUGGGGCGCGCGGGUGAGAUCCGCGGCCUGUCCCCCGAGCAGCCGGCCGCGCACUCGCUGCCCACCCUGUCGGGCCCGCAGCUCGCCACGCCCGCCUCGCUGCAAUACCUCGCCGACGAGUACGCCAUCUUCUGGGCCGACACCGACACGAACGAGAUAAAGCGCGCGGACGUGCGCGGCGGCGGCAGCGGCGGCGUGACGGUGGUGGCGGACGGCGGCGUGACGGCGCCGCGCGCGCUGGCGCUGGACUGGGCGGCGCGCGUGCUGUACUACGUGUCGCGCGGCGCGCUGGUGGCGGCCGGCCUGCGCGGCGACCACACGGCGCCGCUGCUGCGCGACAUGGAGCACGUGGCCGCGCUGGCCGCGCACCCGCUGCAGGGCCGGCUGUUCUGGGCGACGGUGCGCGCGGGCGUGGAGCUGGUGGAGAGCGCCCGCGGGGACGGCAGCGGGCGCCGCACGCUGCUGUCGGCCGCCGACGAGCCGCACCUCGCCGGGGUCACCGGCAUGCGUGUCGACGUAGAGACCGAUCGGCUCUACUGGGUCAACCAGGCCUCCGCUACGAUACAAUAUAUAGAUUUGAAUACUGAGAGAGUAACCACUGUGCCGCUGGAGAGCGGAGCGCGACCCACCGCGCUGGACGUGUACGCGGGCGAGCUAAUAUGGGCCGACGCCGCCGGAGGCGCCCUGCGCGCCUGCGGCCGCGACCUGUGCGACCGGCCGCGCCUGCUGCGCAACGACACCGACGGCGUCAUCUCGCUGGUGGUGUACGACGGCGGGCGCCAGCGCGGCGGCGGCGCGUGCGCACUGCGGCGCGACCCGUGCGCGCACCUCUGCGUGCCACUGUCCGCGUCGCACUCCACGUGCCGCUGUGCGCAGGGGUACUCGCAGCACGGCACGCGCUGCGUCGCCGUGGACGAGGUGCUGAUCUACUCGCUGAGCUGGGAGCUGCGCGGGCUGGCGCUGAACGCGUCGGGCGCGGUGGCGGCGGACGCGCUGCCGCCCAUCCCGCAGGUGUCCUGCGCCGCCGCCAUAGACUACUACGCCGAGGAGGAGUGGGUGUACUGGGCCGACCCCGAGAGCGGCGCGGGCUGGCGCGCGCGGCGCUCGGGCGCCGGGCGGCAGCGCGUGCUGCAGCAGGCCGCGCCCGGCGCCGGCGCGCGCGACGCGCUGGCCGCGCUGGCCGUGGACCCGCUGGCGCGCAACCUCUACUGGAGCGACGCGGCGCGCGCGCUGCUGCUCGUGGCGCGCCUGGACGGCUCGCACCGCUACGUGCUGCGCGACACCGACCCGCUCGUCGUAACCGCGCUGGCGAUCGACCCGUGGGAGGGCUGGGUGUUCAUGGCGGGCGGCGGUUGGGUGCAGCGCGCGCGCCUGGACGCGUCGGCGCCUGCGCUGCUCUACAACGGGACGGCGCUCACGGACAUCGCUCUCGACCUGCAGGAGAAGUACGUGUACUGGUCGGACACGUGGGACGUCAGCGUGUGGCGCAUGCGCUACGACGGCUCCGACAAGCUGCGGCUGCUGGCCGGCGCGCCGCUGCGGCACCCCGUGGCCGUCGCCGUGCACCGCGGGCAGCUCUACUGGCUCGACACGAUGCUGAAGCAGGGCAGCGUGGUCGCGGCGCCCCUGGCCAACCUGAGCGACCACCGCGUGCUCGCCGACAACCUCGGCGACAGCCUCAAGGACCUGACGAUCUGGUCGCAGGCGCUGCAGCGCUCGCAGGUCGCGCGCGGGCGCAACCCGUGCGGCGGCCGCGGCGCGGGCUGCGAGGCGCUGUGCCUGUGGGACGGCCGCGCCGCGCGCUGCGCCUGCCCGCACGGCGCGCUCGCGGCCAACGGCCGCAACUGCACGCCGCACACGUCAUUUUUGAUGUACGCACGUGUGUCCAUGAUCGACAGCAUUCACAUCGACGGCGGAAAAGACCUGAAUUCGCCCUACCCCCCUAUCGAAAACAAAACGUUGCUACGGAACGUGAUCGCGCUGGCCUACGAGUACGACACGGCCACGGUGUUCUACUCCGACAUCCAGCGCGCCGCGCUGCACGCCGUGCACUUCAACGGCUCCGACCACCGCGUGCUGCUGCCGCAGGUGGGCUCGGUGGAGGGCAUGGUGUUCGCGGCGGCGGAGCGCACGCUGUACUGGACGAGCACGUCGGGCGCCGGGCUGAGCGCCGGGCUGCGUGCCGCGCACGUGCCCACGCUGCUGCGCCUCCCGCUGCACGCGCGGGCGCGCCACGUGCGCACCGUCGUCGCGCUGCGGGACGGCGACCGGCCGAGGGGCAUCGACUACGAUCCGUGUGAAAAGCGCGUGUACUGGACGAACUGGAACGCGUCGCGGCCGUGCAUCGAGCGCGCGCUGAGCAGCGGCCGCGCCCGCCAGGCGCUCGUCACGCGCGACAUCCUCAUGCCCAACGGGCUGGCGCUGGAGCACGCCACGCGCCUGCUGUACUGGGCCGACGCUCGCCUCGACAAGAUCGAGCGCAUGCACUACGACGGCUCGCACCGACAGGUGGUGACGCGGUCGCGCGCCGAGCACCCGUUCGCGGUGGCGGCGGGCGGCGGCUGGGUGGCGUGGACGGACUGGGUCGCGCGCGGAGUGUUCGUGGCCGAGAGGGGGGGCGGCGCCGUGCGUGCGCUGCGCUCCGACGUGCCUCGCCCGUGCGCGCUCGUGCUCGUCGCACCCGACGCGCAGACAUGUUCUUCCGACCCGUGCGCGGUGAUGAACGGCGGGUGCGCAGAAGUGUGCGCCACGGACGCGAACGGACACGCCACGUGCUCGUGCCGUGCGGACCGCGUGCUCGCGCGCGACGGCCACGCGUGCGUGCCGCCCAGCAGCGAGUGCGCGCCCGAGCAGUUCGCGUGCGCGGAGGGCCCGUGCCUGCCGGAGCACCUCGUGUGUGACGGCGUGUCGCACUGCAGCGGGGACGUGGACGCGAGCGACGAGGAUUUGUACUACUGCACGUCUCGCACGUGCGCGGCGAGCGAACGCUCGUGCGGCGCAGGCGGGCGCUGCGUGCCGGCCGCCAACGUGUGCGACGGACACGUGGACUGCGACGACGGCUCCGACGAGGCCGACUGCGACUGCCCGCCGGCCACCUACAAGUGCAACGACAGCACGUGCGUGGACGUGGCGGCGCGCUGCGACGGGCGCGCGCAGUGCCCCGACGGCUCGGACGAGCGCGGCUGCCCGGCGGGCGCGUGCGCGGCGCUGGGCGACGCCGCCCUGCGCUGCGCCUCGCUGGAGCAGUGCUACGCGCCCGAGCAGCGCUGCGACGGCCGCGCGCACUGCGCGGACGCCAGCGACGAGGCCGACUGCGGCGCCGAAACUACGAUCCUUCCCGACUCCGGAUACGACGUAGAAACCUUCGAGGAGCAGCCCGUGCUGGGCUGCACCAAGGAGCAGUUCCAGUGCGGCGGCGACGACGCCAAGGGGGCGGUCGAGUGCGUGCCCAUCGCCUGGCGCUGCGACGGGCGCGCCGACUGCUCCGACGGCUCCGACGAGGCGCUGCACUGCCGCCGCGCCGGCGCCACCGCGUGCGCGGCGGGCGCGCUGCCGUGCGGCGCGGCGGGCGCCUGCGUGCCGGCCGCGCGCUGCGACGGCGCCGCCGACUGCCCGGGCGCCGAGGACGAGGCCGACUGCGCCUGCGCGCCCGGCGCCUUCCGCUGCGCCGCCAGCGAGCUCUGCCUGCACACGAGUCUGUACUGCGACGGCGACGCGGACUGCGAGGACGGCUCGGACGAGCCCCCGGGCUGCUCGUCGCGCGCGCCGGCCGCCGGCGCCGAGCGCGGCAACGCCAGCGACACGUUCGAGGUGCGGCUGUGCGCGGGCGAGCCGGGCGCGCUGUACUGCCGCGGGCGCUGCGUGCCGCCGGCGCGCGUGUGCGACGGCCGCGACGACUGCGGGGACGGCGGCGCGGGCUCCGACGAGGACCCGCUCAUGUGCUCGUCGUUCGCGGCGGCGUUCGGGUCGGCGGUGGAGGCGGCGGUGGCGGGCGCGCAGGGCUGCGCGCGCGGCUCGUGGCGCUGCGGGAACGGCGCGUGCGUGGCGCCCGCCGUGCUGUGCGACGGAGAGGACAACUGCGGCGACUUUACGGACGAGUGGCACUGUAAUAUCGACGAGUGUCUCGUACAGAACGGCGAGUGCCCACACAAUUGCACGGACCUGCCGGUGGGACGCGCGUGCUGGUGCCGAGCCGGCUGGCGCCGCGCCGGGCGCGCCUGCGCCGACGUCGACGAGUGUCGGGAAGACCGACCCUGCGAGCACCGCUGCAGAAACACUUUAGGCAGCUACUUUUGUUCCUGUGCGGACGGCUAUCGGUUGAUGGAGGACCGAUCCAGCUGUACGCCCAUCUCUUCGGUGAACGCGUCGCUGAUAUUCUCCAACCGCUACUACAUUCGGCGCACGUCGAUCGCCACCGAGGCCAGCACGUCGCUGCUCGUGCACAACCUCACCAACGCGGUGGCGCUGGACGCGCUGUGGGCCGGCGGCUGCCUGCUGUGGAGCGACGUGACGCGCCUGGGCUCGUCCAUCAAGCGUCUGUGCCGCGAAGGGGACGCGCCGGGAGCGCCCGGAGGGGGGGAGGCGCGGGUGGUGGCCGGUGCCACGCUGCAGAACCCGGACGGGCUGGCGGUGGACUGGGUGGCGCGCAACGUGUACUGGUGCGACAAGGGCACGGACACAGUGGAGGUGGCGCGCCUGGACGGUCGCCACCGUCGCGUGCUGCUGCGCGAGGGCCUGCACGAGCCGCGGGCGCUGGCGCUGCUGCCCUCCGCGGGCUGGCUGUACUGGUCGGACUGGGGCGCGCAGGCGCACAUCGGGCGCGCCGGCAUGGACGGGUCGCGGCGCUCGGUGCUGGUGGCGGGGCUGGGCUGGCCCAACGCGCUCACGCUGUCGCUGGCCACCGACGAGCUGUUCUUCGCCGACGCGAGGGACGACUACAUCGCCGUCGCGGACCUCGACGGCUCGCACGUGCGGAUAUUGUUCUCGAGAGACCGCAUGCCGUGGCUGCGCCUGCACCACGUGUUCGCGCUGGCGGUGUGGUCGGGCCGCGUGUACUGGACGGACUGGGAGACGCGCGCGCUGGAGUCCUGUCGCCGCGCCCCCGACCCCGCCUACAACGUGUCGGAGGUGGUGCCGCUGGGCAGCGGCGGCGCCUACCGCUGCCGCACCGAGGCGCACACCGUGCAUAAGCCCAUGGACCUGCGCGUGCUGCACCCCGCGCGCCAGCCGCCCGUGCCGCGGUUGACGGCGCUAUGCGAGGAGCUGAACUGCACGGGGCUCUGCUUAUUGACGCCCGAGGAGCAGGCGGGCGCGGGGGCCGGGGCGCGCUGCGCGUGUCCGGAGCACUUCGCGCUGGCGGCCGACGGGCGCACCUGCCGACCCAACUGCACCUCGGCGCACUUCGUCUGCCGCACCGCGCUAAAGUGCAUCCCGUUCUGGUGGCGCUGCGAUACACAGGACGAUUGCGGCGACGGGUCGGACGAGCCGGCGUCCUGCCCGCCGUUCCGCUGCUCGCCGGGGCAGUUCCAGUGCGGGAACGGGCGCUGCGUGCACCCGGCGCACAUCUGCGACGGCGCGCAGCAGUGCGGAGACGGCAGCGACGAGCGCGACUGCGACCGCUUCACGUGCCUCGCCUCGCAGUGGAAGUGCGGCGCCGACGCGGCGGGCGGCGUGUCGGCGCGCUGCGUGCCCGCCGCCGCGCGCUGCGACGGCGUGCGCGACUGCGCCGGCGGCGACGACGAGCGGGACUGCCCGCCGCCCACGUGUCCGCCGCACCACUUCCAGUGCGGCACGGGCGCGUGCGUGCCGUCGGUGUGGGUGUGCGACGAGGACGGCGACUGCGGCGACGAGUCGGACGAGGGCGCGCACUGCUCGCAGCGCACGUGCGCGCGCAGCGAGUUCCGCUGCUCGUCGGGUCGCUGCGUGCCGCGCGACUGGCUGUGCGAUGGCGAGGCGGACUGUCCGGCGCGCGAGGACGAGGCGCACUGCGAGGCGCGCGCGGCUUGCGAGCCGACAUACUUCCGCUGCAGCGACCUGCGCUGCGUGCCGGGCCGCUGGCGCUGCGACUUCGAGGAGGACUGCCUCGACGGCUCCGACGAGCGAAACUGCACGCCUCGCAACUGCUCCGAGUCAGAAUUCCGGUGCGACAACGGCGAGUGUAUCCGCGGCUCGCUGCGCUGCUCGGGCGCAGCCGACUGCGCGGGCGGCGAGGACGAGCGCGGGUGCGCCGCGCACUGCGGGCCGCGGGCGCGACUCUGCGCCGUCUCGCACGAGUGCCUGCUCGAGGAGUGGUGGUGCGACGGCGAGGUGGACUGCUCCGACGGCUCCGACGAGGCGGCGUGCGACGCGUCGGCGCGGAACGCCAGUGCGGCGGCGGCGGGCGAGGCGGGCGCGGCGGGCGCGGGGGGCGCGGCGGCUCAGGAGGCGUGCGGCGCGCGGCUGCGGUGCGGCGCCGCGUGCGCGCCGGCCGCGUGGCGCUGCGACGCGCGGCGCGACUGCCCCGACGGCGCGGACGAGCGCGCGCAGCUGUGCGCGCACACGGCGUGCCCGCCGCCCAUGGUGCGGUGCGGCGACAACACGUGCAUACCUCCUCAGCUCGUGUGCGACGGCUACGAGGACUGCUCCGAUGGCAGCGACGAGAAUCGAUUACUAUGCAGCCGUACGACCGCCGAGUCCCCGUGCGCGACGCACGAGCAGCUGUGCGGGGACGGGCGCUGCGUGCCGGCGGGUGCGGCGUGCGCGCCGGAGUCCGGUGGCUGCAGCUGGCGCACGUGUCCGCAGCGCUGCCUGCCCAAACACACGCACAACCACACAUGCAAAUGUGUUCCCGGCUACAAGCAACAUCAACUUCCAGACGGUACUCUGAGUUGCGAGGCUACAGGUGAAAAGGCGAAGGUGCUCGUGGCGUCCAACGGCGUGCUUCGUCUGAUGGAGUUGCACAAACACGACCACGAGCCGCCGCCCGUCGACCGGCCCGAUAACGCGGAGAUAGUGUCGCUGGCGGUGGCGCCGGUGGGCGGCGCGUGGUGGGCGUGGUGGGCCGAUGGCGCGGGCCGCGUGCGCCGCGUGCGCCUGCGCAGCGCGCCGCCCGCGCGCGCCAAGCUGGCCGCGCACGCCGCGCACGCCGCGCUGCCCGCGCUGCCCGACGCGCUGCCCGACCUGGCCGACGCCGACACCGUCGUGAACGACGGCGGAGUGGUCCGCGGCGUAGCGGUGGACCCGGUGUCGGAGCGACUGUACUGGACCAGCGUGCGCGCCGCGCCGCCCGCCACGCGCGACGCGCUGGGCGUGCUGCGGGCGCGCGAGCACGGCACGGUGGGCGCGCUGCACGUGGCGGCGCUGGACGGCCGCCGCCGCGUCACGCUGUGGCAGCAGCCCGGCGCGGAGCCCGACGACGUCGCCAUCUCCGUGCAGACGGGCGAGAUAUUCUGGUCGGAGCGCGGCGCGUGGGGCGGCGUGCUGGGCGCGCGGCUGGACGGGAGCGGCGUGCGCUGGGUGCUGCGCGCGCGGGCGCGGCGCCCGUCGGCGCUGGCGCUGCUGGCGCCCGCCGCGCGCCUGUACGUGCUGGACGCGUACUACUCGGCGCUCGACAGCGUCGCCCUCGACGGCUCGGACCGCGCCACGCACGUGCUGUUCCGCUCCGACGCCGCGUCGCCGGUGCCGCCGCACGUCGCUAAGGACAAAGAGGGCGUAGAAUGGCAACGCGUCAGCAGUCGCACGUGCUUGCGUAUGGCAGUGUGGGAGGAGUCGGUGUGGUGCGCCACCACGCGCGGACUGCUGGCGCUGCCGCGUCGCGUGCCCACUAACUCCUCGACGCACGCGCACGCACACGCGCACGCGCCGCCGCGCCACCGGGCGCCCGUGUCCGCGCUGGCCGUACUGCACCCCGCGCUGUUCUACAUGCUGCCCGCCGCGGAGGACCCGUGCCGGGCGGCGGCGUGCGCGCCGAGCGCGCUGUGCGUGCGCAGCGCCGCCGGCCGCGCCUGCCUGUGCCCCGACGGCCUCAGCCCCGACGGCCCCGGCCCCGACGGCCUCCGCCCCACCGACGGGCGUCGCGAGUGCGUCAUAUCGAGCGAGAGCACAAACGCAAGCGUCGACGCGACUGCGUGCUCGCUGGGGUGCGGACCGGGCACGUGCGUGCGCGUGGGCUCGACGGAGGCGUGCGCGUGCCCCGGCGAGUACGCGGGCGCCCGCUGCCAGCACUACCGCUGCGCCGCGCACUGCAAUCGUCGCGGCCGCUGCCACCUGGCGGACGAGAGCGGCAACCACACGCACGUCGGCGACGACGACUUGCCCGCGUUGAUGUGCUCGUGCUACGCGGGGCGCGGCGGGGCGCGCUGCGAGGCCGACGCGUGCGCGCGCGGGCGGGCGGGCGUAAACUGCACCGAGUGCGCCGAGGGGCCGGAGGGGGCCGCUUGCCGGGACAGGGAGAAGGCUCUGUGCGAGAACUACUGUCUGAACGACGGCGCGUGCGCGGCGGCGGGCGGGCGCGCGCGCUGCGCGUGCGGCGCGGGCUGGCGCGGGCCGCGCUGCGGGGAGCCCGCCGAAUGGGGAUCAUGCGUAGGCUCGUGUGCGCACGGAGGCCGCUGCGUGCGGGGCGCGGGCGCCGGGGAGGGAGGGGCGUGCGCGUGCGCCGGCGCGUGGGGCGGCCCGCGCUGUCAGCACUACGUCGGCUACGACCAUGCCUGUCUGUCUGCCGCCUGCCCACCUCCCACCGUCUGCAUCUGGAGACCUUCGAAUAACCCGUCCGAGCCGGGCACGCCGUUCUGCGCGUGCGGCGAGGGCCUGCAGUGCGCGGGCGGGGCGAGCGCGGAGAGCGGGGGCGGUGCGGCGUGGGGCGCGGGGCUGCUGGCGCUGCUGGCGCUGCUGGCCGCGCUGCUGGCCGCGCUGUACGUCGUGCACAGGAGGCGCCACGGCGCCUUCGUGCACGCGCGGCUGGCGGAGGGAGCGGAGGCGCUGGAGAUCAGCAACCCCAUGUACCUCGCCGGGGACGACGACCGCGACGCGCCCGCGCAGAACGGUGGCAAUCAUUUCGCGAAUCCAAUAUACGAGAGUAUGUACGCGCCGCAAGACAACAACCCGCCCGAGGAGCAGGCGUCGUUGCUGGAGGCGGCGCCCGAGCGCGCCGCGCUGCUGUGAGCCGGCCGGCUGCCGGCCCCCGGACGCCGGCGACCGGACGCCGUCGACCUGGCGGGAGCUUAGUACCUAGUGUGUCGCUUCCUAGGAAGUUUUACUUCUUAAUGUCCUCGAACUUUUUCAGGUUGUAAAAUGUCGUUCAUUUGUAAAGAGAAUCCUAAAUAUUUAAGUACAAUUUAAUAUGUAAGCCCAACAUAAGUACACACACAGUUUUAUGUUGUUCUCGAAAGAUUCAACAGAAGGCGUCGCUAAGCGCGCACCGCCUCAUUUGUAUGCAAUCGAAGACAUGUUAAAUGUGCGUAAUUGCACUAAAUCUGUGCCAAAUUGAAUUUGCUCCAAUAACACACUAAAGCUUAUAAUAUGGAGUUACAAUCACAAGGUCUCCUCUCGGUCAGGUCCUCCUCUUGGUCAGAGCCCUUACCGCGGCCGACGCAUAACGUAACGCAGUAACGGCGGCUCUUUCUUCUUUCGUCGUAUUUUAAAACGUAACAAAUGACCAAAAAUGAUAUAUUAGUGUUGUAGUUAUCAUGUCAUGUACACAAGUAGGAGUAAUUAUUUAGUUAAGCGCCAACAAUCCUUAUUAUAUUUUGUCGUUUUAUAGUAAGCCGUAUUUUAUUGAUUUCUACUGUUUGUUUGUUAUGACUAGUUUAAAUAAAUGCAUAGAAUCCAAUAUGUAGUUCGAAUAAUCUUUGACUUAGUUCGUAGAAAGUGACGAACGAAAUUUGUGAUGAAUUUGUAAUGUAGAUAGUGCUCGAGUAUUCUUUAUAGUUUUUGUAAUUUCAAUAAUAACCAAAGGUACAGUCAGCCUGAAAACUGGAUUGUCGAAACUCGUAAUGGCGUUCGUGUUAUAUUUGUCGUAUCAAUAUUUUUGUCAAACAUAAGCUUUACUAUAACGGAAACUUUUGUUUUCAAACAAAUCUUUAAUGUGAAUAUCAUAUUACUCGUGUUUGUGGCUGACUGUACAUUUGUAAUAUUAAAUAGAAACAAACUGCCAGAUACGAUGGCAUUCAUAAAAUUGUAACAAUGAUUUUGACAUUACAAUAUUGUGCCAUACAAAGUUGUAAUUUUGAUUUUUUAAUCAUUAUUGUAUUCGCAUUUGUACCCGUUUCUUUACAUAUUUUUUAUAAAUGCUUUAACUUUAACCGUUAACAAGGAAUGGUUCUUAGAAAAAUACGAAUGAAAAGUUCAAACAGCUUCGAGCAGCCUCGCGGCCAGUUUAGGUUAAAAUCUUAUCGGCAGCUAACGUAGGUUGUGUCCAUUUAAAACUAAACGAUCGCAUCAAAGGACUGCGUCAUAUCAUUAGAUGUAAUCGAUUCGACUCAUUGAUAAAUCUCUUCGUAAAUAUGUCAACUCGUGAGCUUAUUACUACUGAGUGUAAUUUUGUCAUUUUGAAAUUCGAACGGACCUACGAACGAAUUUUGCCCUUCGUGUAAAUUAGGUUUAAGUUAGAAUAAUCGAUCCGAUGUAAUACUGUAAGGUAAAUCUAGUAUCUGAAUAAAAGAAAUGCAACGA